GAUAAUUAAUAGGAAUUUAAGAUAAUCAAAGCCAUUUAUGACAGUAUCUGAAAUGAGUAAUGAAUGCUCAUUGUGUGCAAAAUUAAUUUAGAGUAUAAAAAAUAGAAUCAAAAAAAGAAGCAAUAAAAGAAAGAAAUAAAUAAGAUAAAUUAAAAGAUAAAAAAUAAAAAUAAAAGGAAUUAUUAUUAUAUACUUAUAGAUAUUAAAUGAGUAAUAGUUUAGGCUAAUUCCAAGAGGUCAUUAGUAGACGUCUCGCUGGUGUAGGCUUUUCUUAUUACACUGCUGACGAAAUCCGUAAAUUGUCAGUAAAGGAAAUAACUAAUCCUAUUGCAUUCGACUCAUUAAAUAGACCUAUCAAAGGUGGUUUAUAUGAUCCUUGUAUGGGUGUAUCUCCUUACGAUAAAUUUACUCGUUGCGAAACUUGUGGUUGUGAAGGAUUGGAAUGUCCUGGUCAUAUGGGUCACGUAGAACUCCUCUUACCUGUUUAUAACCCUUUCUUAAUUGAUAAGUUGCUCAAGUUAUUAAGAGCCUAGUGUUUAAAAUGCAAUAAGUUUAGAAUGACAAAUUAAAAACUCAAGAUGUUUGCUAAUGUUUUUACUCUUAUUAAGCUUGGUUACAUCUUCGAAGCUAAAGAAUAUAAAUAAACAUGUGAAAGUUUGAGUAUCCUUUAAAUUUAAAAUAAUAAAGAAACAACUCAAAUAUAGUCAUAUGCUGACAAGCGUCGUAAAUCUAGUGAUUACAAGUCAUCUGACACUGAAUAAAUAAUGCCUAAGAAGUCUUAAAUUGAAUAGGAAGGAGCUAAGAUUUAUUAGAAUAAUAUUAACAACCUUGAAGAUAAAAAGAAGCAAUUGCUCUCUUUAAUUAAUGUUAAGCAAAAUAAUACAGAAUAGUUUUCAAAGGGUGUUUCUUACACAAAUGCCAUGAACAGUGCAUUUGAAUAAGCCCUCAAAGAAUUUUGGAAUAGCAUAAAUAUUGGCAAAUGCCCUCACUGCAAAGAACCAUAAUAAGCAAUUAGAAAAGAAGGUUUUUCAAAGUUUUUCAUAAAGAAAAGUUCUAGCGAAGCAAAGAAGUCUUCAAGCCAAAAGAAACACUAAGAUGACUACACUUCUGAUGAUGAUCAAAGUGAGUCUGGUCACUCUAAGGCUGAAAAAGCUAAUGCUAAUUAAAAAUAUCUUGAUCCUUUAGAAGUAAAAGAAUUAAUGAGAAGAUUUUGGGAUGAAGAAAGAAAAUUGCUUAACAUCAUUUACGGUACUAUCGAAGUUACUCCUUAAACUUUAAAAAACUCUUCUAAAGGUUUUAUGAUAAGAAGAAAUGACUAUAAUAUGUUCUUUAUUGAAGUUAUUCCAGUAACUCCCAAUAGAUUUAGACCUGAAAAUAAGCUUGGAGAAUAAACAUUCUUGCAUGGACAUACUGUAGUUUUGACAAAAAUUUUAUAAUUCAAUGUUGAAUUAAGACGUAUGAUUGUCUUGCAAAGACAAAGUUUAAGCGAAGAAAAGAAAAAGAAAUUAAUAGAUUAGCUUGAUUCUCGCUUUUAAAAUUAAUUAUAAUUAAAGCAAAACUAGAAUUUCUAGCAAACUAUUAACAAUAUUGUUAAGCUUAAUGAUGUCAUCACUAAGUGGUUAGAUAUACAAGAAGCUGUUAACUGCUUUUUAGAUUCUUCUAAGGCUACUAAGACUUAAGAUCGUGAAGGUACAGGUAUUCGUUAACUCCUUGAAAAGAAGGAAGGUCUCUUUAGAAUGAAAAUGAUGGGUAAGCGUGUUAACUACGCAGCUAGAUCAGUUAUUUCUCCUGAUCCUAAUUUAAACACUAAUGAAGUCGGUGUUCCACUUUUUGUUGCAAAAAAACUUACUUUCCCUGAAUAUGUAAAUGAAUAUAAUGCUAAGCAUCUCAGAAAACUUAUUAUCAAUGGUCCUUUCUAACAUCCUGGUGCAAAUUUCAUUGUUGAAAACGGAAACAAGAUUUCCCUUGAAGCUCUCAAUGAGCAAUAAAGAAUAGGUCUUGCUAAGACUCUUUUAAAUAACUCUAAAAAUAAAGUUGUCUAUCGUCAUUUAUAAUCUGGUGAUGUCCUCCUUUUCAAUAGACAACCUACCCUACAUAAAGCUUCAUUGAUGAGUCAUAUAGCUAGAGUACUUCCCAGAGAAUAAACUAUUAGAAUGCACUAUGCAAACUGUAAAUCAUAUAAUGCAGAUUUCGAUGGUGAUGAAAUGAACUUGCAUUUCCUUUAAUCUCAUUUAGCCAGAGCUGAAGGUUAUCACAUUAGUUUAAAUGAUCGUUAAUUCAUUAACACCACUAACGGUAAUCCUUUGAGAGAAUUGAUUCAAGAUACUAUUGUUUCAGCUGUAUUCUUGACUCAUAAGGAAAAAUUCUUACAAAAAGAAGAAUUCUAAGAGCUUGUCUACGCUGCUACUUGGAACAUGUUUGAAAAGAAUAAUAAUUCUACCACAAAGCCUUAUAAGAUUUUCUUAGUUCCUCCUGCUAUUCAAAAACCCAAACCUUUGUGGACUGGUAAACAACUCAUCACAAACAUCAUCAAGAUUGUAGUCUAAUAGAAUCAAAAGAAAGAUUAUGAAUAAGGUGUCUAUAUGGAAAUGAAGGCAAAGCUUACUGCUGACGAAUUGACUGGUAUUUAUAAGGACGAUACAGUUGUCAUAAUCAGAGAUAAUGAACUUCUUUAGGGUGUUUUGGAUAAAAACUAAUUUGGUGCUGGUGCCACUUAUGGUCUUAUGCACGCUUUUUAUGAAUUAUAUGGAGCAUCUCUAACAGGUAAGCUUUUCACUGCUCUUGCUAAAUUACUCAGUGCCCAUCUCUAAAUGCAUGGUUUUACUUGCGGUAUGGAUGAUCUUCUUGUCAGCAAAGAGAGUGAUGAAUAACGUCUUCAAGAAAUCAAGGCUGCACACGUUGAUGGUGUCCUUGCAUGUGCUGAAUUCGUUGGUAUGAAAGACUAUGAAGUUCCUUAAGGCUGGAAUUUAUAUAACAGACCUAAUUUUGUUCUCAACAGCAAAGGUAGAUUCUCUUCUAAUGUUCUUAAACGUAAGCCCGAAGUUGACUAUCUUUCAAAUGAAAAUCCCAUUCUUGAGUAAAUUCAAAGAAAGCUCGUUCGUGAUCCCCAACUUGCUGAAGCUUAAGAUAAUGUUUAUAAGUCAACUAUGUCUUAAAAAGGUUCCAAAAUUCUUAACACUGCUCUCGGUGGUCUUAUUAAAAAAUUCCCUUUCAACAAUUUCACUACAAUGACUAAUUCUGGUGCUAAGGGUUCUAAAGUCAACCAUACGUAAGUUUCUGCCUUACUUGGUCAAUAAGAAUUAGAAGGUCGUAGAGUUCCCGUUAUGGCUACUGGUCGUACUCUUCCUUGCUUCUUACCAUAUGAUCCCAACCCAAGAGCUGGUGGUUUUAUUAGUGAUCGUUUCUUGAGUGGUCUUAGACCUGCUGAAUUCUUCUUCCAUUGUAUGGCUGGUAGAGAAGGUUUGAUUGAUACUGCUGUCAAAACAAGUAGAUCCGGAUAUCUCCAAAGAUGCUUAAUGAAGCACUUAGAAGCACUUAAAGUUGCAUAUGACUACACUGUCAGAGAUGCUGAUGGCUCAGUUGUCCAAUUCUAUUAUGGUGAAGACUCUAUUGAUCCCAAUAAAGUUAAAUAUUUAGAAAAAUUCCGUUUCUUAGCUGAAAACUUUACUUCUUUCACUCAAAAAUAUGAUCCUUAUCACUUGAAAGACUCUCAUGAUUUCGAAUCUGUCAAUCGUUUCUUGAAGAAAAGAAAGAGAUAAGAAAGUUCUGAAACAGAAAAGAAAACUUGUGACACUAUUAUGAACAACUUUUUACCUGGUAAACACAUUGGCUCUGUUUCUGAACGUGUCUACAAGAAUGUAAAGGAAUACAUUAAGAAAGAAUAGCAAAGUGCUGAUCCUUACAGCAACAUCUUCAACAUAAAGUAGGAUUAAUUAAGUCCUUAAAAAUUCCAUAUGCUUUUCAAUGUAAAAUACCUUAACUCUCUCAUUCAUCCUGGUGAUUCUGUUGGUUGUCUUGCAGCCCAAGCUAUCGGUGAACCAUCUACAUAGAUGACAUUGAAUACUUUCCACUUGGCUGGUCACGGUGGUGUUAACCUUACCUUGGGUAUUCCUCGUCUAAGAGAAAUCUUGAUGACUGCUACAGACAAAUUGAAGACUCCAGUCAUGCUUUUAAAUCUUUCAAAUCCUGAAGUUGCUUAAAACAAAGAAUAAGUUCAAAAUCAUGCUCGUAAGCUCUAAAAAAUUAAUUUAUUAGAACUUGUUAAUAACAUCGAAGUCAAGGAACAAAAAAUUAUUGUUGUUGAUAACAAUAUUUUACCCUUCAAUGAACGUUUCAGACACUAUGAAAUUAAAAUCAACUUAGAAGACUUAGAAGCUAUUCACUUCGCAUUCUAAUUAAACAUUGACACAAUUAAUCGUAGAAUUGAAAAGGUCUUCCUUCCUAACCUCUUCUAAUACAUUAACAAAGAACUUAAACGUGAUUAAAAAUCUGAACUUUAAACUAGAGUUCUUAAGAAGAAAGAAAAUGAAAGCAGCGGUAUGGAAACUGAAGGCUUAGUUAGCGAUUUCGACAAAGAAGCUGCUUCAGAUGGUGAAGAAUUAAAGAAAGCUGCUGAUGCUUUAGUAAGCGAAGUAGAAUAUGGCAUAUUUACUGAGACAGAAGAUGAAUUAAAAUCUAAGUCCAAACCUCAAUCUGCAGAACCAGUAAAGAGAGUCCCAACUAGAACUUCCAAAGCAGAAUUAUUUGAAGCUUCUCCUUAUUACAACGGUCAUACUAUAGAAGGUGAACGUAUAGUUUGUAACAUUAAAUUACCUUUAGAUUCUAAGAAGUUAUUGAUGGUCAACUUGGUUGAAAAAAUAUUAAAGAAGACUUUGGUUUAUGAAGUAAAGAAUAUCUCUAAUGCAACUGUCCUCAAAAAGGAUAAUAAAGGAGCCACUUCUUAUCAAAUUUAAACAGAAGGUGUUAAUUUCAAGUAAAUCUGGAAAAUGGAUCACUUCGACUCUAAUACUAUAGACUCAAAUGAUAUAGCUGCCUUAAACAAAUGUUACGGUAUUGAAGCUGCUAGAAAUGCAAUUGUAAAAGAAAUCGUCACUGUGUUCGGUGUUUAUGGUGUCGUUGUUGAUUACAGACACUUGUACUUAAUUGCUGAUUAUCUUACUUUCAGCGGAGAAAUGAAGGCCAUGAAUAGAGUUUGGAUGGAUGAAAGCAUCAGUCCUUUCCUCAAGAUGUCUUUCGAAACUUGUGUUAAAUUCCUUACAAAUGCUGCUACAAAUAAUGAAAUCGAUACUCUUUCUACUCCUUCUUCCUCAAUUGUCUUAGGUAGAGUUCCCUAAGUAGGUACUGGUGUUUUCGACAUUCUCCAUAAGGUUUGAAAGAAAUAAAUAACUUCCUACUUUUGAUAAAAUCUAAUAUAAAUUUACUUCUAUUUAUAUUAACUCUUUUAAAAAUAAAUUCAAUAAUAACUAUAUCUAUAAAAUCAUUAAAACUAAUUACUUUAUAAGAGUGCAUUCAAUCAUCCAUCAAAUCUUAAAGUAAACGAAUUAAAUACAUAAACAUUUUAGUUAAAUAAAUUAAAUUGAAUAAAACUUAAAUUUAAGUUUCUGUAAAAUCCUGCCAAGAGAAAAUAUAGAAAAUAAAAAUUUAACAAAUUCAUCAAUCAAUCCAUCCAUCCAUCUAAAUCAUUAAGAAAAUAAUAUUUAUAAUUAUUAUAUAAAAUUCAACCAGAGUUAAUAUUUUAAAAUUCACACUAAAAUAAAAAUAAAUUAUUUCCAAAUUAAACAAAAUUAAUUGUUUAUAUACAAAAAUAUGUUUGUUGUAUACCAUUUUUAAUAUUCUUUUAAUCAUUUGCAA